AUGUUAGCAGAUCAGAACCGACAAAAGAGCUAUGUAGAUAAGAAGCGAAAACUGAUGACUUUUGAAGUUGGAGACCAAGUUUUGAUUAAAGUCUCUUCAUGGAAGGAGCUUAUCAUAUUUUGGGAAUGUGGAAAGCUGAGUCCAAGGUUUAUUGGAUCAAUCAAAGUACUCCAUAGAAUUGGAAACAAAUCCUACAAACUAGAAAUGCCAGCCGAUUUAGAAGGUAUCCGUAACACCUUUCACGUUUGUUACUUAAGAAAAUUAUUGGAAGAAGUUCCUAAUAUGAUUUCACUUUCAGAGUUAAGAAUCAAAGAAAACAAAGGAUUGACUAAAGAACCUGAAGCAAUUGUUGACUGUAAGACAAAGAAGUUGUGA